AUGGACUCUGGAAAAUACAGUUGUGUGCACUCCACUAAAAAAGUACCAUCCAAAGACGUGCACUCAACAGGAAAGAACUCGGUUGUCAUAAAACUUCAUGACUCAGGAUUCCAUGCUGUCCAUCCUGCAACCAUUUCUGGGGAAAACACUGUGUUAACCGAAGGAGGGAUUCUGCAGCUCCAGUGCCAGAUAACUAAACGUGAAUAUCGUGAUCAUCUUGUUUUCCACCUAAGCAAAAAUGGCGUUGGCAUCCCUGUGACACCAGAGAGGAACAACAACAACUCUCAUGCUGUCUUCAUGAUCAGAAACAUCACAACUAAAGACUCUGGCAACUACAGCUGUGUGUUUGUUGACGAAUACACGGCCCUGGAAGUGAGAGGAGAGGGAAUGAACUUCAUUCACAUUAAGGUGUUAUCAGCUGAGGAUUUGAAUGCGGACUGUGGUCAAGAGCUAUGCCAUCCAGCACAUAUUUCUCCUACAGUACAGACUACAGUAUUCAAAAGAGACUCUCUACAAAUCACCUGUUCCAUUGAGAAUCCUAAACAUAAGUCUGGUCAAUUCCACAUGUACCUUUGCAAGGAUGGACGAGGGAUCCGGAUGUUUCCAAUAAUAGGUGGAGGGUUUUUCACUGUGGAAAUCAAUGUGUCAGGUGACUACAGUUGUGUAUAUUCAGCAGCUAAAAUGGCUACUCCACAAUGUCGUUCAAACCCAGCAGCAAACUCUUUCCUCCUCACAGUCUAUGACCCAGAUGUUUCUCGGGAGUCCAGUGGAUCAGGAUCCUCAGCAGGCCUUGCAGCCAUGACAGUGAUCUUUCUGCUGGUCCUAGCAGCACUCUUAGGAUAUCAGAAAAGGGAUUGCCUGAAACGCUUGAUAUGGUCAGACAGAGGACGACAGAGACAAGGUGGGACUCAGGGUCAUAUGCCAGCAGGAGGAACUGAACAACAACAUCAAAGCAUGGCAACAUAUGAGGAAAUUACAGGAUACGCCUCAAUAUCAGACCUUCAAGGUCAAAACACAGCUGCUGCCAUCAGUAGUACCAUUGACACUGUGUAUAUCAUGGUACAAAAUCAAGACCAGGUGGCAGAAGACCCAACAUAUUGCAAAGUAAACAAGAAAGGAAAAACUAAAAAACCCAAAGGAGAAACAGAUGUAUACGCCUUGGUCGGUCAUCCGUGACAAUAUCCCGUUAUUCUUUCUCUCUCAGAAUGCUCAACGCAAACAGAAACUAUCUAACUCUGUAAUGUAAAUGUGAUACUGGUGAAGAGGUUUUAUGGUGGUCAUUGUAGAAGUGUAUAUUGUGUUUGAUGUCUUUAUCCUAAAUGUCCCUCUAUGUACUAUGGCUAUAUUGUAUCAUAUACAUUUAAAGGAAGAAGGAGAGAGAACAUGUGACAGCUAUUUGAAUACUCCUGUACUCCUGUAUAUCAAAUGUAUGACAAAUAAAAGUUAAACAUUUAAAACUUUGAACACAUCA